AUGAGCAAGGUCUGCACAGAUCUGCCAGCGUACACACCGGAAAUUUUUCCCGCUGCAGAGAAUGACUCCUGCUUCCAGCUGCAAGACAUCCUCGACUUCUGCGACCCAUUAAUCGACGGUGAAUUGUUUGAAGGCCUGGAAAUGGACGGCUACCUACAGAUUCCGACCUCUGAUUCAAACCAGCCAAACAAGAUCGGCGAUUCUCAAGCAAAGAAACAGAGAGGUGAGUGUAGCUCGAGGAAAAGAAAAUCAGAUGAACUUGGUGUUAAGGUCGCAUUUAAGACAAUGUCGGAUGUUGAGAACUUGGAUGACGGAUACAGAUGGAGGAAGUAUGGAAAGAAGAUGGUUAAGGACAACCGAAACCCUAGGAAUUACUACCGGUGCUCCCAUGGAGGCUGCAGCGUGAAGAAGAGGGCUGAAAGAGACAGUGAAGAUCCAAGGUUCGUGAUCACCACGUAUGAGGGUACGCACAACCACGAGUGCCCCUAUGUCAUUUACUACAUCACACCACAACAUGAUUGCGAUGUAGGCGUCAUUAGUGCUGCCCAGAUUCCUUUCGUCUCUCACGGUGCACCAUGCGCCGGCCGGCAGGGAUUCUACCUGUCUAACUAUAUAGAGAGCUAG